AAAAAAAAUUAUACCAAAUGAGUUUUAGGAUGUGCACACAACCCCAUUGAUGAUAAAUACUUCUUAUACUACAUUUUUGGUAACACAAUAUUAUUAUAAUUCCCUUCAUCAAUUUACAAUGACUAACCAAAUUUUCCAUGAAACUUUUUUUUUUCCUUUUGUUUGAUGGUUGAUUUAUUUAAGAGAAUGUUUAAAAUGCCCCUAGUUGUGGAAUGGUAUGAUUUAUUUGAGAGAGAUUCGUCUGACUAGCUGCAUGUGCAAAUCGCAUCAAAAUAGAUAGAUUAGCUGCCAAAUAUCAAAAAAAUUGCCUGAUCUUUAUAAAAUGCCACCUUUUAUAUUUACAAAAAUAAAAUAUUUGAAUUGUAGAGUAUGGUAUGGGUGGCAAUGUUUCUACGGCGGGUGACGUGUACAGUUUUGGAAUUCUUUUAUUGGAGAUGUUCACGGGAAAAAGGCCCACGGAAGACAUGUUUAAGGACGGUUUUUACCUUCAUGAAUUUGUCAAGAUGGCUUUGCCAGAUCAAAUUCUGGAGAUAGCAGAUAUGCGACUCUUAGAAGAACAAAAAGAAGAACAAGAGCAAGAUCAAGAAAUAGAGGAAGAAAUAGCAUUCAGUCAUAUCAGAAGUCCGGAAGUCAAAAGAGGUAGUGUCUUCAGGUGCUUGGUUUCUUUGUUUGGUAUUGGAGUUGCAUGUUCUGUUGAAUCCCCCAGAGAACGGAUGCUGAUGAAAGAUGUAGUCAAUAAAAUGCAUGUGAUGAGAGACAUGUUUCUUGGGGCUGGGAUCUAUAGGGAAGGAAGAAACGAGACCCUUCGCUGAUGUGGGGCCCGUUCGUCUUACAUCAACGUGGCUGUCAUCAGCUCAUGUCCAAUGGCAAUUUGCAUAUAUCGAUAAAAUUGGAUGGCUGAAGACCACUUGUCGAGCAUGUAAUUGUUACUGAUGCGGAGAAUGCAAUUGGGGACUUUCAUAUUGGU